AUGUCUGAUCCAGAAGUACUGAUACAGAAGGCUCAAAAAAAGGCCCAGCCUUCUUCAGGAUUUAUGAAGCUCUUUGGUGCUUCUGAUAGCUACAAAUACGAGGAAGCGGCAGAUUUGUAUGUAGAGGCUGCGAAUUUAUACAGACUGCGCAAAGAAUUGGAGAAAGCGGGAGAUCUAUUCUUGCAGGCAGCAGCAUGUCAAAUAAAGGCACAGAGUGAAGACGAGGCCGGAAACACAUUUGUGGAAGCUUUCAAAGCCUUCAAAGCCGGGUCGGUGCCCGAAAAGGCCUGUGAGGCGCUUAAUAAGGCUAUAGAUAUAUUCACGCGCCGGGGCCAGUUUAGAAGGGGCGCUAAUUUCAAAGCGGAGCUUGCAGAGCUUUUAGAAAACGAUCUGCACGACUAUGCAAAAGCAGUGGAAGCAUACGAGGCAGCAGCCGAUUGGUACGCCCAGGAUCAGGCCCUGGCGCUCGCUAAUAAAGCUUACUUGAAAUGUGCCGAUCUGCAGGCUCUUGAUGGUCGGUACAUCGAAGCGUGUGACAUCUACCGUAAAGUGAUUGCCAAUUCCGUUGGAAACAGGCUAAGUCAGUGGUCUUUGAAAGACUAUUUCCUAAAGACCGCGCUAUGCUACUUGGCAGCCGAUGACCAAGUUGCGGCGCAAAGAACAGUGGCAGAGGCCCAGGAACAAGACUCAAAUUUUGCCGGGUCUCGCGAGCACGAAUUGAUCACUGCACUGCUGGAGGCGUGUUCCGAGGGUGACUCCGAGAAACUGAGUGCCAAAGUGUUCGAAUUCGACCGUUUUGCCAAACUCGACAAAUGGAAAACUACGAUUUUAUUGAAGAUCAAGGAUUCCAUUGCGUCUGCAGACGAUGAUCUGUUGUGA